AUGGGUUUCGGUAUUAAUGAUAUUCUUGUCGGAAAUGAAGCAAGAAUCAAUGAAGUGGAUAUAUGGACGGAAAAUACAGAGUCAAUUGAUAAUAUCAAUGGUGAUAUUAAAUUUGACAGUGUCAACUUUUCUUAUCCAUCUCGAAAAGAAGCAUCAGUUUUGCAUAAUCUCUCUCUUAUUGCUCGUGCUGGUCAAACAACAGCUCUUGUAGGUUCAAGUGGUUGCGGGAAAAGUACAUGUAUAUCACUAUUGCUUCGUUAUUAUGAACCUUCAUCAAAUCGAAUUACGAUCAAUGGUCGAGCAAUAACAGAUUACAAUAUCAAACAUCUUCGACAAAACAUUGGAGUUGUUAGUCAAGAACCGAUUGUGUUUGGAGUGAGUAUUUAUGAAAAUAUUCGUUUUGGUAAAGUAAAUGCAACACAAGCAGAAAUUGAACAAGCAGCACAACAAGCCAAUGCCCAUGAUUUCAUCAUGCAAUUACCGAAUAAAUAUGAAACAAUUGUUGGUGAACGUGGUAUUCUAUUGAGUGGUGGUGAAAAACAACGUAUUGCAUUAGCUCGUGCUCUUGUGAAGCAACCUACCAUCCUUUUACUAGAUGAAGCAACAAGUGCACUUGAUAUUGUUAGCGAAAAAAUUGUUCAAGAAGCGCUUAAUCGAGCAUGCGAAGAUCGUACAGCUAUUGUUGUCGCUCAUCGUUUGACUACAAUUCAAAAUGCUCAUCAAAUAUAUGUAUUAGAUAAUGGAACUGUGAUUGAGCAAGGUACACAUGAAACAUUAAUGGCAACACAAGAUGGAAAAUAUCAAGCAAUGGUCAAACUUCAACAAAUAGAAAAAAUCGAUGAUGACAUGGAUAAUAUGAUAAGCAUAGAAAAACCAGUGGAAGAAGAUAAAAAGCCGAUAUUUGAACAAUCUCGCUUACUUAGCGAUAGUAAAAUUGUUGACGUGGAGAAAGGAUUUCAAUAUUGUUCAAUUCCUACACAACGUCAUCAAGUGUUGAUUAACAGUCUUCUUGUUCUACUUUUGGGUGUUAUUUUAUUGGUUCUUCGCUUUAUUCAACAUGCUGCUUUUGCCAUAUCAGGAUCGAAAUUAACGCAACGUAUUUGUUCGAAAUUUUUCGCAUGCCUUCUCCAUCAAGAAAUUGCUUAUUUCGAUCGACCUGAAAACAGUUCUGGUGCAAUUAGUGUUCGUCUUUCUUCUGAUGCUUCAGCCAUUCGAGAUAUGAUUGGUGCACGAUUGGGAUUCAUCUGUGAAGCUAUCGCACUUUGGGUUUUUGGAACUUUAUUGGGAUGUUUCGUCAGUUGGCAAUUAACAAUGAUUACCUUCUGUCCACUAUUUAUUCUAGUUUCAAUCCUCUAUGCAAAUAUGUCCAUCAAUAUGCGCUUAAAUAAGAAACCUGAUCAAAUUAUUGUAUCUACGGGUAUCAAUUCAUCAGUCGCAGCUGCUGAAGCAUUUUUUGAUUUAUUUGAUCGAAAACCAGUUAUCGACAAUAUAUCUAAUGAAGGACAAGACUUGGUUGACUUUCGUGGAGAAAUUCAAUUUGAUCAAGUGAAAUUUAUCUAUCCAACUCGACCACGAUCUAUUAUUCUUAAUGAAUUUCAAUUGAAUAUUAAACCAGGUCAACGUGUUGCUCUUGUUGGUGCAUCUGGGUGUGGAAAAUCAACAACUAUUCAACUGUUGGAACGAUUCUACGAUGUUACAAGUGGGCAGAUAGUUAGUAUUUUUCGACGUAUAGUUUAA